CUCGUCCCAUUGGUCCAGCGGGUCGAAGAGCAGAAAACAACAAACAAGUUAGGGUGAAGACCGUCGGGAUGGAUGCAGCAACCUUGACAUAUGACACACUUCGCUUUGGAGAGUUUGAAGAUUUUCCUGAGACCUCAGAGCCUGUGUGGAUCUUGGGCAAAGAAUACAAUGCACUCACAGAGAAAGAUGACAUUUUAUCAGAUGUCACUUCACGACUGUGGUUCACAUACAGAAAAAACUUCCCGCCGAUUGGUGGGACAGGACCAACGUCAGAUACAGGAUGGGGGUGUAUGUUACGAUGCGGCCAGAUGAUCCUCGGCGAGGCGUUGUUGUGCCGACAUUUAGGCAGAAACUGGAGAUGGAACAGAGACGAGAAACAAAGAGAAGAGUACAUCAGUAUUCUCAACGCCUUCAUUGACAAAAAAGACAGCUAUUAUUCCAUCCAUCAAAUUGCCCAAAUGGGGGUUGGAGAGGGGAAGCCAAUAGGCCAGUGGUACGGACCAAACACAGUCGCCCAGGUUCUAAAGAAACUGGCAGUGUUUGAUACAUGGAGCAGAUUAGUUGUACACGUGGCAAUGGACAACACUGUGGUCAUCGAGGAGAUCAAGCGGCUCUGUAUGCCCUGGCUGGAUGCGGCAGAGGCCUGUGGAGACGCAGAGGCAGGGGGGGAUCUGAAUGGCUGCCUCGAGGGUGCGUGUGCGAUGGCUGAGGAGGAUACGGCUCUGUGGAGACCCCUGGUCCUGCUCAUCCCCCUCAGGCUGGGCCUGAGUGAUAUCAACGAGGCCUAUAUUGAAACCCUCAAGCAAUGCUUCAUGCUGCCUCAGUCCUUGGGUGUUAUUGGGGGGAAACCCAACAGUGCCCAUUACUUCAUUGGUUAUGUCGGAGAAGAACUCAUCUACUUAGACCCACACACCACACAGCCUGCAGUGGAUCCGUGUGAAGACAGCCAGGUCCCUGAUGAGACGUACCAUUGUCAGCACCCACCCUGCCGCAUGCACAUCUGUGAACUGGACCCAUCCAUUGCAGCGGGUUUCUUCUGCAGAACAGAGGACGAGUUUGAUGACUGGUGUAUGCGCAUAAGAAGGCUGUCCUGCAGAAGAGGGGGCCUGCCCAUGUUUGAACUCGUUGACAGCCAGCCCUGUCACAUGGUCAGCGUGGAUGUUCUGAACCUCACUCCUGACGCUCUCUUCACAGAUUUCUCAGACUCUGACAGGUUGGAGCGGUUCUUUGAUUCAGAAGACGAAGAGUUUGAGAUCCUUUCCCUGUGAGGAACACUCGAACAAUGAUUAACUGUUCUUGACAGUAGGCGGGAGAUUCCCUCUUCUCUGUAUCAGAAGGAAAAGCCUGAGGGGAGGAACAUUAUUUGGAGAACUCUUGAGCCAGUCCAGCUCCAAUGGUGUAGUCAGUGUGUGUCACACAGUGUUCUCCAACCUCUGAUUACGCUCUGUAUCCAACAUCGAGACUGCCUGGUGGAAGCAGUAGCAGGAGCUCAGGACAAAUUCUGUAUGCACAUCUUCACAUACAUGUGUUUGCAUUGAGUCUUAACACUUUAAAUGUUUAUUCUGAAGUGAUAUGGUGCCUUUCCCUGACUCCAUAAGAAAAAAUUGCCAUAACAGUUAUGUCGUAUAGAACACAAUGGUUCAUCGUGCCCAUUGCUCCCGCGGUAUGUCACUAAAAACUGAAUCCUGUAAUGAAACCAAAUUCAGUCCAGACAAGAUGUAAUAAUUUAAUUAAUCAUGCGAAGUAUCCUUGCCAAGUCGGAUAAUGUACACAAGUUCAUUUUAAGAUUAUUUAUUUAAUCAACACAAUAUAUAGACAGGUGAAAUAACAUUAGAGAUGUAAGAGGAUUAAAAAACAAAAAAUAAAAUCACUAUUGGGUAUUUGACAGCACAAA